UUUUUUCACCUUGCAAAAUCUCAGGGGAAUUCAUCGGUAAUUCCCAGUUCUAGCCCUCAUUUCUCCACAAGGCGUCAUUAUCUAUGCCGUUUCAUCCCCCACCCUACACGCUUCCUUCCAUCGUAAGAUAAGCCCAGCCAAUGGAAAAUAUUUCGUUUCCCGCUCGCGAUGUGCCACUGUCAGGCGGGCCCGAGAGGCGCGGGGCCUACUUCGCAGGCAUACAAAACUCGGCAGCCGACGCGCCGGCGCGGGUCUUGGUCUCGGUCCUCGCACUCUCCCCGCUCCGCCGUCACGCACACGAGAGCAACAGCCGCCUCGCCGGAUUCCCCUCGCGGCGAUCCCGCCGCGCCCCGACGCCGCGCCGGCGUGUCGUCGUCUCCCGUCGGCCUCCGCGCUCGCGUGCUCGCCGAUUCGGUUGCAGGCUAGCUAGUGAGAUCUGGUCACAAGUACUACUGUGAGCUGCUUGAGGCUUGGUGCAUUACUUGUUCCGAGUAACAAGCCAUUUGGCAGGAGACAGUUGUGAAGCAUGCUGAUCUCGAUUACUCUGAUUAUACUUGGUGAUUAAAUUUAAGUAUACCAGAUAUCCGACAAGGCAGAUUCAAUGCUUCCAAGCAGUAUGGACAUUAUUGACUUAAGUUCAGAUAGCGAGGAAGGGAUCAUUGACCUGUCUUCUGACAGUGAAGACAACACUCUUUUUCUCCCUUAUUACAGAGAAGAGGAUGUGGACUAUGAUGAUCCUAGUCCUUUCCUUCUCCCUUUUUUUCCUCACAACACAGCACCUGACUGGAAUAGCAUGGAAGAACUCGAUGAUUGGCGCGUGGUCGCAAAGAAAGAAUACGAUGACUGGUUUAGGACAAAUGCUUCAUCCUCUUAUAGCCCUGUCGAGGAUAUAUCAACCACUGAGGUGAACAAUAAGCUUCCACAAUCUUUCACCUACGGAAGCUUCAUUCCUCAAUCAUUUGCACCCAGCCAUUCAAGUUUAGGUGACAACAGGAUCAAGGAAGAGCCGUCUAUGACAUUUAGUGGUUUUCAAAGAUGCACUGCCCAUGGAGGCGGGAUGCCUUCAUCUACAGUGCCAAAUGAUGAUAUCUUUGUGUAUGGUGGUCCACGUCCACAUCGGAUCUUCCCUCCACCAAUGCCAUCUUCUGUUAAUGAUACAAAAGUUGAAAAUGACGUAGAACAAAGGCUUUUCGGUUCUGAUGAGAGAGCUGUAUAUGAAGAAGCCCUGAAGCAUAUCACUCAGGAAACGAAGGAGGAAGAUCUCUCCAAAGGUGUUAUGUCAGUUAAACUGCUUAAGCAUCAGAAAAUAGCAUUGGCAUGGAUGCUUUCGAAGGAGAAUAGUUCACAUUGUCCAGGUGGAAUUUUGGCAGAUGAUCAGGGUCUUGGGAAGACAAUAUCAACGAUCGCCCUUAUACUGAAGGAGAUGGUUAAGCAGUCUAGGUUCAUGACUGCUGGUUCAUACAGUACAAAAUUUGCCCCAAACAGUGAUUAUGACAAUGACGAUGAUGUUGUGAUUGUCAUGACCAAGAAAGAACCAAAGGAUGAACCCUUCAAUGAGCUAGAUGAUUCUGCACGAUUGCAUGUUGCCAGCAAUCUUAAGGUCUGUGAUAAUAAGUCAAACGCUGCCACUCAUAAAGCUGAACCUUAUGACAAUGGCGAUGCUGUGAUUGUCAUGGCCAAGAAAGAACUGAAGGAUGAACCCUUGAAUGAGCUGGAUGAUUCUGCACGAUUGCAUGUUGCCAGCAGUCUUAAGCUCUGUGAUAGCAAGUCAAACACUGCUACUGAUAAAGCUGAACCUAAGAAGAAGACCAGAGUGAGGUACUCUGCAUCAAACUUGAGGUCCAAGACUAGACCAGCUGCAGGAACAUUGGUUGUGUGCCCUGCUAGUGUUCUUAGGCAGUGGGCUAAUGAGCUCUCUGUGAAGGUUAUGGAAGACAAUAAAUUGUCAGUCUUGGUUUAUCAUGGAAGUUCAAGGACUAAAGAUCCUAAUGAGUUGGCAACAUAUGAUGUUGUUGUCACCACGUACAUGACUGUGGCCAAUGAAGUACCUAAAGAAAACUCUAAUGAUGAGCAAAAGGACAGUGAAUUGGAUGGAAUAUUUCCAGAAGUUUCCAUCGGCAGCAAAAGAAAAAGGCAGAACAAGCCAAAGAAGAAAAACAAACCUAUCAAUUUAGAAGGUGGCCCACUUGCCAGGGUACGAUGGUUCAGAGUUGUGCUUGAUGAAGCUCAAACAAUAAAAAACUACCGGACUCAAGUCUCUAGAGCUUGUUGUGGACUGAGGGCAGAAAGGAGAUGGUGCUUAUCAGGAACACCUAUACAAAAUAAAAUUGAUGAUCUGUAUAGCUAUUUCUGUUUCUUGAAAUAUGAACCUUACUCUAAAUUUAGUAAUUUCAAAUAUAUGAUCAAGCACCAAAUUACUAGAGAUUCAGGUCGCGGCUAUAAGAAACUUCAAGCUAUUUUGAGGAUAAUUCUACUGCGGCGCACAAAAGAAACACUUAUAGAUGGAGAACCAAUCUUAAAGCUGCCACCAAAGACAAUUCAGCUGAGUAAAAUAGAUUUCACCCAAGAGGAGCGAGCUUUCUACUUGGCACUUGAAGAAGGCUCCCGGCAGAAGUUCAAGGCAUACGAUGCAGCAGGGACAAUAAGGGAAAAUUAUGCAAACAUUCUUGUGUUGUUGUUGCGGCUUAGGCAGGCUUGUGAUCACCCUCUUCUUUUGAACGGGCAGGAAUCAGAUCUGAUUGACAGCAAUUCUAUAGAAAGGGCAAAGCAACUUCCUAAAGAAACAGUGACAAAUUUGCUUGAAAAGUUGGAAAGAGGUCCGGCAAUUUGUUUCUUAUGCAAUGAUCCACCUGAGGAUGCUGUUGUCACGACAUGUGGUCAUGUUUUCUGCUAUCAGUGUGUACAUGAGAGCUUAACAAGUGAUGGACAUGUCUGCCCCUAUGCACACUGUGGAAAGAAACUAAGUUUUCGAUCUGUUUUUACACCAGCUGUAUUAAAACUUUGUACUUCGCCAAAGCUGGAGUUUCAUGAAAAAACUAGUUGUUCCACAGCAGCGGACAAGCCAUCCUCAAUCUGUGAAAGCAGUUACAUCUCCUCGAAGAUCCGGGCAGCAGUGGAAAUACUUAACUCAAUCAUCAAGACACCUGCCCUUACAGUGGGGGAUACUACUGAAUCAAUUCCCAGCAUGGCACUCCCUGUUAAGGCAAUAGUCUUCUCCCAGUGGACUGGCAUGUUGGAUUUGCUGCAGCUUUCACUGAACAGAAAUGAUAUACAAUUUAGGAGGCUAGAUGGAUCAAUGUGUCUCAACUUGAGAGAACGACAAGUCAACGAGUUUAAAACUGAUCCCAAGGUGAGAGUAAUGCUUAUGUCACUGAAGGCUGGCAAUCUUGGUUUAAACAUGGUAGAUGCUUGCCAUGUGAUUAUGCUUGAUCCUUGGUGGAAUCCUUACGCUGAGGACCAGGCAGUUGACAGAGCACACAGGAUUGGUCAGACCCGCCCUGUUACUGUUUCACGGUUCACAGUUAAAGACACGGUGGAAGACCGCAUUUUAGCUCUGCAGGAGAAAAAGAGAAAGAUGGUCGAGUCCGCAUUUGGCGAGGAUGGUUCCAGAGGCACUGCUACUAAGUUGACGGUCGAAGAUCUCAGAUACCUCUUCAUGGUGUGAUGGCAGCUUGUAAUCAUCCGUAGGGCUGAUGACUUUUGUUGUGACAAUCCUAACGGAUAGGCUAGGUUAGAGUUGAUCACAGUAUCUGGCACCCCUAUUUUUGUAAGCAGUAGGCAUUUUGGAGCUGAGGUAGCGUUUGUUUAUGGUUCUCACCAUGGCUGAUGUUUCGACCCACUUUCGUAGUUCUGGUUGACCUGACUCUCUUGUGACUAUUCCCAUGGGAUGGAGCUCCUAAGAGAACUCUUACAAUUCCAGGCUUCAGGAGAGAAGGCAAUUGUGUAAAUAUGACAGUUACCCUUAGAUUCUGGUUAUCUGAAUAUGGCAGUGGCAUGCGUGUAAAUGCUUACUAUGCAUAGGUUGGUUCUGAAUUGUGAUA